UCACCAUCAUCAUCAUCAUCUCCUCCCGCAGAGCCGCGCGGAGCAGCAGAGUCUCUCCUCCAGCGUCAGCUUUCUGAAUGUGACGGCUGCUCAGAGCCAGAGGUAGGGAUAUAUCUUAUUGAGCCUCUCCUCCUAAUGUGACUAUUUCAUAUACGACUUCUUGUGAAACCGGCCGGAAAAAAAAUGGGAGCCAUUGGAGUGAUAUUAAGGAUUUUACAGUACGCGGGACUUUACGUUCAACUUAACGCAGCGCUCAUCGUCGGACACGGCGAUGUGGAUAAUCACAUCUCUGGAAACGCGCUCUUUACAGAAGUUCCACAUGACAUCACGACACAGAGCGGUGAGGAUGUAGAAAUGGCUUGUUCCUUCCGUGGGGCGGGCUCGCCCUCCUACUCCCUGGAGAUCCAGUGGUGGUACAUCAAGGACCACAGCGGCCGGCAAGCGAAGACGUCCCAGAUCACUAAUGAUGUUGAACCCCUGGAGAAAACAUCAAAAGAUGCCACCAAAAUUAGCGUUGUAAAAGUUGCCGGCAGCAACAUCUCCCACAAGCUCCGCCUCUCCAGUGUCAAGCCAUCAGACGAGGGCACAUACGAGUGUCGAGUCAUCGACUUCAGUGGCACCAAAGGACAACAACACCACCGUGUUCGGGCCUACCUCCAGGUGGAGCCUGAGAGGAGACAGGGCAUACACCAGCAGCAGCAGCAGCAGCCACAGCACCAAACUGAGGGCAGGGGCCUGAAGAGGAGAUCAGCCGGCAGCACCACUGACUGUACCGAGAGCUGCCUGAUUUAAAGAGGAGGGUCUGCCAUCUGUCUGCAUGUUCAAGACAUUUCUCUCCAAUAAGGGACUGUCAUCAACACACACACACACACACACACACACACACGUCACCACAGAGACGAAGAGUCAGACAAAACUGGACAAUUUGUAUUCAAUAUCAAAGCUAACUUGAAGUUUUUUUUUAACAGAGAGAAAGGACGGUUUCCUUUGCAAUGUGCCAGUUCUUACAUGAGCAAAAGCCAAAAGCUGCAGUCUUUCAAAGUAAAUGCUUUUUAAAGGAAUAAAGAAUGAAUUCAGCUUUUUUUUUCCUACAUCUAAUCUUUUCAAAGCACAUUGAUUUCAUCCAUGUAAUCUAUGUUUAAACAAUGUACUUAACUUUCUAUAAAACUACUGGAAUGUUUGCAAUAUAAAAAAUAUAUGCUUUCGUCACAUCAAGUUAAAAUAUAUAUUCUUGUGUACAUUCUUACUCAGCAACGUAGACUUUUAUUAUCAUUCAAGUAAAUUAAACUCUACUGCUACUUAACCAAAUGACUCCAGAGACAUAAGUACGUUAAUCUCUUCAAACUUUUGUCACCAUUUUUCUCAACCACAGUCCUAACUUUUUAUUCUUUACUUUCAUGUCUUUGUCAUUUGAAUCCCUUAACUGUGUUUAAGUUCUGCUGUUUGAUAUCUGCUUUGUUGAAUACAUUAAUUUGAAAACACA